UUUUUGUUAGGAGAUUCGGUUAGUGUUCUAGCGUUGGGGAAGUGAAGAGAGUUUGUGGAUAAUAAUGUUGAUAACUGUUAGGGAAGCUUCUUGUUCUUCUCCCCUCAAUUUCUGGCUUAAUCGUUUCAAACCAAAACCCUCUAAACCAUUCAAAACAUCCAUUUGCCAAGCCAGUUUCUCUGUCCAAAGAACACCCACCCAUUCAUGGAAAACUCGGCAUCUCUCAACCUGCAGUGAUGAAGCACACUUUGAUCCCUUGGGUAUCAACUCAAGUUUACCUUCUGCUCUGAAUUCUACCUGGGAAAAUCUGUUGUGCUUGUUUACACAACCAUUUGAGAGUUCUUCGAGUACAGAAAAGGGAAAACCUAACAGCUCACAAGGGGUGGCAGCUGCAAUAGAGAAUAGUUCAAUAGAUUUUGGUGACUUUUUUAAAGGCCCACUUCCAGGGAAGUUUCUCAAACUUUUAGGGUUUCUUGCCUUGUCACGGCUCGGAGUUUACAUACCCCUAGGUGGAGUUAAUAGGGAUGCUUUUGUUGGAAAUUUAGAUCAGAACAGUUUGUUAAGCACUUUGGACUCGUUUUCUGGUGGUGGUAUUGGUAGACUCGGGGUAUGCUCCCUUGGUAUUGUUCCCUUCAUCAAUGCACAGAUUGUUUUCCAGCUUCUUGCACAAAUAUAUCCCAAAUUGCAAGAUCUUCAAAAGAGAGAAGGUGAGGCUGGAAGAAAGAAAAUUCUGCAGUACACUCGAUAUGCUUCAGUCGGAUUUGCCAUUGUGCAGGCAAUCGGCCAAGUUCUUUACCUACGUCCCUAUGUCAAUGACUUUUCUGUAGAGUGGCUUCUUUCUUCUGUAAUCUUAUUGACUCUUGGCUCUGUGUUUACAACAUAUAUUGGGGAACGAAUUACAGACCUAAAACUUGGGAAUGGCACCUCUCUUUUGAUAUUCACGAACAUUAUAUCCUACUUGCCAGCUUCUUUUGGUAGGACAAUUGCACAAGCAUUUAAUGAUGCUAACUACGUUGGACUUGCUACCAUUAUAGUGUCCUUCGUCUUUUUGGUGGUUGGUAUCGUUUAUGUUCAGGAAGCAGAGAGAAAAAUCCCUAUUAACUAUGCUUCUAGAUACACCAGCAAAACCACUGGACUUGAAAAGUCCGCUUACCUACCCUUUAAGGUAAAUAGCUCUGGAGUAAUGCCUAUAAUCUUUUCUACGUCGUCAUUAGCUCUUCCUGGUACUUUAGCACGCUUCACUGGUUUAACUGCUUUAAAGAAGGCUGCGGUGGCAUUAAAUCCAGGAGGUUCCUUCUACCUUCCAUUCAACAUACUGUUGAUAGCCUUCUUCAACUAUUAUUACACUUUCCUACAACUGGACCCUGAUGAUGUGAGUGAACAACUGAAACGACAAGGUGCUUCAAUUCCACUCGUCAGACCAGGCAGAAGUACAGCUACAUUUAUCAAAACAGUUCUUAGUAGAAUAUCAGUUCUGGGUUCAACAUUUUUGGCUAUCUUGGCUGCUGGUCCAGCAGUUGUAGAACAGAUCACUCACUUGACUGCAUUUCGGGGAUUUGCAGGAACUUCUGUUCUUAUUCUUGUUGGUUGUGCAACAGACACGGCAAGAAAAGUUCAAGCUGAGAUUAUAUCCCAAAAGUACAAGAACAUAGAGUUCUAUGAUUUUGAUAAAUAUUGACCGCUUAAAGGAUUAUUUACAAAACUAGAAAAGUUCUGCCACAUGAUUCUCCCCAGAGGAAAUGCUGCUAAAAGCCACCCGUCGUACAACAGUGUAACUUACAUUUUAUAUCGGCCUGUAAAUAAUGCUGUAGAGCAGCCAUUUGCUUUAUUUAUAGUUGGAAUGAUUGCUCGAAAGUCAAUCCGGCUUGGUGGUUUUGGUAGCAUGUAGCACCCCGUCAUCAUUUGUUGCAAUUAAUUAGCGUAUUAUUGGCAUUCCAUUACCACGCAAUCAGGUCGACAAAUUAAGGGCUACGAGUAGCAUUCAAAAUGCAAGAGAACAACGAUUUCACCUGCUCCUUUUUUUCACCCUUUUAACUAUUAGAACCAUUAAACAGAGUUUGAUGCAUACUUUGCACAAUAUUAAUCAGCUUACUCAGAUGAAAAUUACAUGUCAGAUUACACACAACUGAGUGAUACAUCAAAAUUACAAUACAUUAACAUUACAGCCACUUGCUGAGUAUAAACUUACAUCCACCUUUGUAUCUUUCUCAUUAAAAUUCAUAUCAACUACCAGCAAGGGUCUUUAGGCAUGCCGGAUUUGUAACCUACUGAUUCAUUAUCCACACUGAAAUAUGUAGGUUGUUACAACUGAAUCUGAAAACAAAUGUCACUGACUAAGUGUAACUAAUCAUCAUCGGCUUCGGCGGAAAAGUCGGGUUCUUCGGGCUUUGGUAACUUGGGCAUGUCAUCUUUAAUUUUCAAGGCUCCUCUUCGUGUAUUAGCAGCAAAUCUCGAAGCAAGAAUUGUUGCCCCAAGGUUCAAUUUAGCUUGAGCUGAAUUUGAACUGGCAGAAUAGUCCUCAUGUUCUCUCUCACUAGCUACUGUCUCAUCUGAAGGAAUGGAUUCCCUCAAACCGAGGUCUUUCAUAGAUAUCCUUUUCUUAUAUCGGCGCCAAGCAGCCUGUAUAAAGCAGGCUGCCCAAGUCCUCCAAUGGUGGGAAUAAAAUCGAAAAGUGUGCUGCAGCUUUUUACUGUGAAGGCGCCUAAAUUGAUUGGCAACAAACUUGAGGUCUUCAGCCCGAAGAGCAAAAGCCUCAACCUCACUUAUGGCUUUAACUGUCCUGGUUGAAGAAGGCAAAUUAAUGGUUGAUUUUGGGAGUAACGCCCAAGAGAGAAGCUCCUCGCCACAAAAAUCUCCAGGUCUCAAUAUGAUUGAGUUGAAGAAACCAGUACGGCCACCGUUGGUAGUAGAACUAUCCAGUCUACCUCUAAUGAUAAAAAGCAUUUCAGUCACGGGGUCACCCUCACGAACAAUGUAGGUGCCUUGAGUGCUCAGAGACGAUACCAGCCGCUCACAUAUUGCAUCCAGAAGCUGAUCAUCCAUCUGUGAGAAGAAGGGAACCUGAAAACGAAAAAAGUAAUUUGUUUAAAUACUUAUAAAAGAGUAAAUGUAUAUACUUAUUAACAUUCUACGUUCAUUGGCAUCAAUGAGAAUCAAUCUCUCAAUGCAACUUCUAUUCUACCCUACAAUAAGAAGCCCACUUGCUAAUGUCAAACUCAGACACAAGAAGAUAAUUCAAACUAAAGAUGUACCUAAUGCGUAAAUCUUCAAUACAGUAAAGCAUUUUGUGAAACUUUACGCAUUACAGCUCCUACUAAAGGAAAUCAUAAAAUACGAUAUUUUGAUAGAACUGGAAGAACGGUCUAUAUCAAGUUUCAAAUUGUGGACAUGAGCACAGAAAGAUUUGUAUAGAACUUAAAACAGUCAGCAGAAAUCGUACUCUUCUAACAAGGUCUAAGCAAAGGUGUCUUUGAAUAUCACGGCGUAGAUCAGCUGGUAAUGCACGUAGAAUGGUUUCCUCAUCAACUCCACGAGUAGCAAGCCAUUUAUAUUGAACAAAUCGUCUAACACGACUUCUCAAAUCUUCAGGGAGUUGGCGAUGCUUCAUCCAUUCUUCUGUGUCCCUUCGCUUGAGCCUCCACUCCUCAAGCCUUAUAGUGAUAGAUUGCAAAUAUGUCUAGCCAAAGAAAAAACCUCAAUGCAGAAUCAAAUUAAACAAAAAAAAAAACAACUAAA